UCGUGCAGCUGUUUCUGUCCGUUGACGUGCCGUCCCUGUCUGUUGCUGUUCGUCGGUUUAUUGAUUUAUUGAUUCAUUGAUUGUGAAGUCAUUGAAGAUGUCCGGAGAUCUGCGGGCGGAGCUGGAGAAAUAUCUGGAGACGUUAAACAUCCAGACGAGCUGCGUGGAUCACCCGCCGGUGUUCACGGUGGAGGAGAUGAUGCCUCACCUGCAGGACGUGAGCGGCGCCGUCACGAAGAACCUCUUCCUGAAGGACAAGAAGAAGAAAGGCCUGUGGUUGGUGUCAGCCCGCCACGACCGGCAGGUGAACCUCAAUGAGCUCGCCAAGAAGCUCGGCGUCGGCAGCGGCAACCUGCGCUUCGCAGAUGAGGCGGCCAUGUUGGAGAAACUCAAGGUGGGUCAGGGGUGUGCGACGGCUCUCGCUCUGCUCUUUGAUAAGGACCAGAGUGUGAAGUUCGUCCUGGACCGGGACCUGGUGGAGGGAGGCCACGAGAUGGUCUACUUCCACCCCAUGACCAACGCCGCCAGCAUGGGGCUCCGGCCAGACGACCUGCUGCGCUUCCUCAAGGAGACGGGACACGAACCCGUCCUGGAGAGCUUCGAGUAGGACAGGGACCUGGACCUGGACCGGAGAUAAAACCUGGACUGGAGCGGCCUGCAGGGAUCGAACCAGGACGUCGGCCUGACUCGUGUUGGGACAGGACAUGAAAACAGGCUGAAGAGGCUGCAGCACAAACACAUUCGUUCUGCUUCAAAGCCCCUGAUGGACCGAAAGACGUCUGUGAUGUCAUGACUCAUGAAUCCACGUGAUGAACAGCUGACUCAGUGGAUUCAAAGCACAACAGGAAUAUUUUAACUGCUCUGCUUCAGUUUCAGCUCUGCCAAAUAUGUUUUUAUGAUAAAGAUGAAAUGUUUCAGGUCCAUGCAGACACAUGUCACAUGAUCAGAUGUUUGUUUCUCUGUUUCUGUGUAAAAUCUGUUUAUUAAAGGUCUUUCUUUUACAUGUUUCAGCUCAGUAAACAACUGAUCACUCUCACAGCUUCAGUCUGAUGGUUUAAUGAAACAUUCAGUCACGUGUUUCUGCUGAUGGAGUCGAGACUCCUGACGAUGAAGAUUCAUAACUCAGACGACUGUUUAAUUAACCUGAAGCCGUCAAGCAGAGCGGCUCUCAGGUGAGUCUGCUUAAUGUAAUGAACACUCCAGCCUCUGGGGGGCAGUAGCAGGGAUUUACUAUGUUGUUUUAACAUAUAAAAUAGCAUUUUUUCAGUAUAGUGUAAUUAUAGACAGAUAUUCUAUGUUUCUGUUUGUAAAGCUGUUUCAUAUUUUAUCUUCUAACAGUUCUGCUGCUGCUCUUUGUCAGAUCCUCCAUUGAGCAGUUUGACCUCUGACCUCUGACAGAACAAAGUUCAUUAAUUAAAAACUUGUUAACAUUUACAGCUGCAGACAUGAAUUAUUGUAAGUCUCAUUUAUUAAUGAUAUUUAUGACUGAGGGUGACAAACAUGUCUGCUGCUAAAUGAUUUUACUGAUUUUAGUCGCUCUUUAUUAAAUGACAACAUCAAAAUAACUGCAGGACACACACACACACACACACAGGAUUGUUUUGCUCAGUUUUUUUCUUGCACUGCACAAUAUUGGGUGGUUCAGCCAACACACACACACACUCACACACGCGGCCUCUCUCUCUCUCUGCAUUCUUAAUGAGAGUGUGUAUUGUUGUAUUGUCGUGCAAAAUUAGCAAAUGAAUAAACGUCACAUACUGACA